AGGACCCAGGGCGUCAGAGGCAGGGCCGCUGCGGGCGCGUUGCGAGCAGGGAGCUGGUGCGCGGUGGAGCGCCCCGGGCGGCCGGAAAAAGCAGAUGAUGCUCUGAGUGAAGACCAUGACAAAGAACAGAAAGACCCUUAUUUUGUGGAGACCCCCUAUGGUUAUCAACUAGACUUAGAUUUCCUGAAAUAUGUGGAUGACAUACAGAAGGGAAACACCAUCAAGAAACUGAACAUCCAGAAGAGACGGAAACCAUCUGUGCCAUGCCCAGAGACCAGGGCCACACCUGGACAGCAAGGUCUGUGGACUUCAACGGAAUCCCUCUCAUCAUCCAACAGUGAUGAGAAACAGUGCCCCAACUUCUUCCUAGCCAGAAGCCAAGUUACGUCAACUCCAGUCCCAAGGCUACCUGCCCCUCUGGAGACCUUACCCGCUUUUCUUAUUAUCCCUGAAAAUCGACAGCUGCCACCUCCCUCACCGCAACUCCCAAAGCACAACCUUCAUGUCACCAAGACACUGAUGGAGACCCGGAGAAGACUCGAACAGGAAAGAGUCACCAUGCAGGUGACAUCAGGUGAGUUCAGAAGGCCCAGGCUGGCCAGUUUUGGAGGCAUGGGCUCCACAAGCUCCCUCACCUCCUUUAUGGGUUCUGGAAACCACAAUCCUGGCACAUACCAGCUUCAGAAUGGAUAUCAAGGCAACGGGGAUUAUGGUGGCUAUGCCCUGGCUGCUGCUACCACAUCCUCUAUGGGGAGCUCCAUCCGCCACAGCCCCCUAAGCUCAGGGAUCUCCACUCCAGUGACCAAUGUGAGCCCCAUGCACCUGCAGCACAUCCGCGAGCAGAUGGCCAUUGCCCUGAAACGCCUGAAAGAGCUUGAGGAGCAGGUGCGGACCAUCCCUGUGCUGCAGGUAAAGAUCUCUGUCUUGCAAGAGGAGAAAAGGCAGUUGGCCUCACAGCUGAAAAACCAGAGGGCUGCAUCCCAGAAUGAUGUCUGUGGUGUGAGGAAGCGGUCCUACAGCGCAGGGAAUGCCUCCCAGCUGGAGCAGCUCUCCCGGGCCCGGAGAAGUGGUGGGGAGUUGUACAUUGACUAUGAGGAGGAAGAGAUGGAGAGCGUGGAGCAGAGCGCGCAGAGAAUGAAGGAGUUCCGGCAGCUCACAGCAGACAUGCAGGCGCUGGAGCAGAAGGUCCAGGACAGCAGCUAUGAGGGCUCCUCGGAGCUCGGGGCCAACGGGCAGACCCGGCCUCCGGAGUGCCGGUCUGUGGCUGUGGGCGCCGAUGAGAAUAUGAACGAUAUCGUUGUGUACCACCGAGGCUCCAGGCACUGCAAGGAUGCAGCUGUGGGGAUGGUCACUGAGACGAGGAACUGUGGGGUCAGUGUGACAGAGGCCAUGCUGGGAGUGACUACUGAAGCUGACAAAGAAAUUGAGCUGCAACAGCAGACCAUAGAAGCCUUAAAGGACAAGAUCUACCGCCUGGAAGUACAGCUUAAAGAAACCACCCAUGACCGGGAGAUGACGAAACUCAAGCAAGAACUGCAGGCUGCUGGAUCGAGGAAAAAAGUUGACAAAGCCCUGAUGGCCCAGCCCCUUGUUUCCAGCAGGAUGGUGGAGGCGGUGGCGCAGACCAGAGACCAGAUGGUUGGCAGUCAUGUGGACGUGGUGGACGCGUGUGUCGGGACCUCGGUGCAAACAGACAGCGUAGGCAUCUCCUGCCAGCCCGAAGGUAAGGACCGAGCCGUGGGGCCCGAGCUGCCCAUGACCUGCUGGGUGGUUAAGGAGCGGGUGGAAGUGCACGACCGCUGCGCUGGGAGGUCGGUGCAGAUGCGCGACGAGAGUGUGGGUGUGGAGGUCAGCGUCUGCGAGACAGGCAGCAACACGGAAGAGUCCGCCGGUGACCUGACACUCUUCAAAACACACGUGAAUGUCACAGAGGUGCGGUCCAUCGGCUGCGGAGACUGUUCGGUCCAUGUGACCGUCUGCUCUCCCAAGGAGUGCGCCUCGCGUGGUGUGAACACGGAGGCCACCUGCCAGGCAGACGCUGCCGUCAUGGCCAUGCCUCCGACCACCCACCAGCACACCUGCACGGCUCUGCAACAGGUGACCCAGUUCACCAACACCGAGACAGCCUCCCUCGUGGAGUCCUGCACCAACACUUCCCUCAGCACUCUGGACAAGCAGACCAGCACCCAGGCUGUGGAGACGCGGACGGUGGCCGUAGGAGAGGGCCGUGUCAAGGACAUCAACUCCUCCACCAAGAUCCGGUCCAUCGGUGUGGGGACGUUGCUUUCUGGCAGUUCUGGGUUUGACAGGCCAUCGGCUGUGAAGACCAAAGAGUCAGGCGUGGGACAGAUAAAUAUUAAUGACAACUACCUGGUUGGUCUCAAAAUGAGGACCAUCGCUUGUGGGCCUCCACAGUUGACGGUGGGGCUGACAGCCAGCAGGAGGAGCGUGGGCGUUGGGGAUGAGCCUGUAGGGGAGCUCCUGGAGAACCCCCAGCCCCUGGCUCCCACUGGAAUGAAGACCGGCUUGGUUCACUACAUUGAGCGCAUCCAGAAGCUGCUGGCAGAACAGCAGACGCUGCUGGCUGAGAACUACAGUGAACUGGCAGAGGCUUUUGGGGAGCCUCACUCGCAGAUUGGCUCCCUCAACUCACAGCUCAUCAGCACCCUGUCAUCUAUCAAUUCUGUCAUGAAGUCUGCAAGCCCCGAAGAGCCGCGGAACCCUGACUUCCAGAAAACCAAUCUGGGUAAAAUCACAGGAACUAAUUUGGAAUGUACCUGUAAGUGUGGUGGCCUUCAGUCUGGAGGGCCAUUAAGCACCCAGACAUCCUGGCCUGAGCACCAGGUGGGGACCACAGAAGGGGAGCCCAUCAGCAGCCAGGACACCUUCCCCUCUCAGGAAAGCGCGCUGUCUCCAGUGAACCUGACAGACGACCAGAUAGCCGCUGGCCUUUAUGUAUGUACAAAUAAUGAAAGUACGCUGAAAUCCAUUAUGAAGAAGAAAGAUGGUAACAAAGAUUCAAAUGGCAUGAAAAAGAAUCUUCAGUUUGUUGGCAUUAAUGGAGGGUAUGAAACAACUUCAAGUGAUGAUUCCAGCUCAGAUGAAAGCUCUUCUUCCGAGUCAGAUGACGAGUGUGAUGUCAUUGAGUGUCCUCUUGAAGAGGAGGACGAAGAGGAGGACGAAGACACUCGGGGAGUGGCAGAAGGGCACCAUGCAGUUAAUAUUGAAGGUUUCAAGUCCACCAGGGUGGAAGAUGAAAUGCAGGUUCAAGAAUGUGAACCUGAGAAGGUGGAAAUCAGAGAGAGGUAUGAGUUAAGUGAAAAGAUGUUGUCUGCAUGCAACUUACUGAAAAAUAAUAUAAAUGAUCCCAAAGCGUUGACCAGCAAAGAUAUGAGGUUCUGUCUGAACACCCUCCAGCAUGAGUGGUUCCGUGUGUCCAGUCAGAAGUCAGCCGUUCCCGCCAUGGUGGGGGACUACAUAGCGGCUUUUGAGGCCAUCUCCCCGGACGUCCUCAGCUAUGUCAUCAACAUGGCUGAUGGCAACGGCAACACGGCCCUCCACUACAGCGUGUCUCAUUCCAACUUCGAGAUUGUGAAGCUGCUGCUGGACGCCGACGUGUGUAACGUCGAUCACCAGAACAAGGCAGGCUAUACCCCCAUCAUGCUGGCAGCUCUCGCUGCUGUGGAGGCAGAGAAGGACAUGCGGGUCGUGGAAGAACUCUUCGGCUGCGGGGACGUGAACGCCAAAGCCAGCCAGGCGGGGCAGACGGCCCUCAUGCUGGCUGUCAGCCACGGACGCAUAGACAUGGUGAAGGGCCUGCUGGCCUGUGGGGCUGACGUCAACAUCCAGGACGACGAGGGCUCCACGGCCCUGAUGUGUGCCAGCGAGCACGGCCAUGUGGAGAUCGUCAAGCUGCUGCUGGCCCAGCCAGGCUGCAACGGCCAUCUGGAGGACAAUGAUGGCAGCACCGCGCUCUCGAUAGCCCUGGAGGCAGGACACAAGGACAUCGCCGUUCUUCUGUACGCCCAUGUCAACUUCGCAAAAGCCCAGUCUCCGGGCACCCCUAGGCUUGGAAGGAAGACGUCACCUGGUCCCACCCACCGAGGUUCAUUUGAUUGAUUAUGUGCAAAUAGCGCUCCAUGUACAUGCCACCAUUAAGCUGCUAAUUGUUCCUGAUGGGGUGACAGAUACUGAAUGUAUAUGUAUUGUGUCUGGGCUCACCAGCAAACAGAAGUAUAAUGCCACGGGCUCAAGGCCGAAGCUUUCACAGUGGGAGUGGAGCCAGCAGGAGACUGUUGACCUGGGCAGGUGUCUGCCAUCUUCUGUCUGUGUAGGACACACUUUAACCCGUCUCUGUGGCCACCAAAUCUCUGCUCUGUUAUGUACAGUUGUAGGAAACUGUAACCUGACCUUUUCCUUUCUUCACCACUCCCACCACAAAGAAGUGUCAGGUUCUAACUGGCAUCGGGUUUUUUAAAUUUUCCACAAAUAUGAGGGUACUUCAGAAAGUCCAUGGAAAGAUUUGUAUUAUCUUUUAGUUCUGUUUUUCCAUGAACUUGUUGAAGUAUCCCUGUAUUUAUAUUUAUUAAAUGUGGAACCAUUGGAAUGCUCUUCCAAAAUUCCAUUCCAGGAUGGUGGUGUCGAUUUUUCUUUGUCUUUAUUAUUUUAAAGUAAGGAAGUUGAGGUGACCUUGAUCAUCAGCAACUUGGGCCUGGGCUGGAAGUUUCUGGUUUAAAAAUAGAAGAUGGAACUCUCUAAAAGUAUAAAACUUACAAAAGGAAAUAUUUUCAGUUGGUUUUAUCAAGGUGGAUGUAUUAUAUGACUUUUUAUAUAAAAGGUAUCUAUAUGAAAUUGACACAGUAUUUUCAAUUUUUAUAUUCCACAGUAAUUAAAGACACAAAGAACUACAUGUAACGUUACCAUAUUUUUAUUAAUAAAUAAUUGCACAGCCCUGUCUGUAAUGAUAAAGGUUGAAUUGUGUUAGAGGAAUCGGCUAUAUAUUUGCCUCUAGAAAAACAGUGUAGUUCUCUUUGUAUUUAUGGAUUCCUUUAUACCAUGUCACAUCUACUUUCAUCCCGUAUGUAUUUAAAUGUUUGAAGUGCCUUAGACUCUUGCCAUAUUUUCAAAAUAAAAUUUCAUUAAGCUCUU